AUGUCCCACAACGACCAGAACAACUACUAUGGUCAGGAGGGUCAGCAGCUACCGCACCAGCAACCUCAACAGGGUGGUGAGUACUCUGCUGACGCCUACCAACAGGGCUACGGCCAACAAGCCCAGUUUGACGAGUAUGGACAACCGAUCUACACUCAGGAUCAAUAUGAUCCGGAAGCUGCUGCGCACUACGACCCCAACGCUGCCGAGUACUAUGCCCAACAGGGCUACGACCCGGAGUCGAUGGAGUAUGCGCAAGGCAACGGCUACUACGAACAACCUCGCGGCAGGGGCCAAGAUCCGGAGAACUUCUCUGACUUCAGUUACGGUCCUCCUGCAACUCCCGGCUAUGAUGGCUACGGCACACCAAGUGCGGGUCAAUACACGCCUUCGCAAAUGAGCUACGGCGAGCCCAGGUCGUCUGGUGCCUCGACGCCCAUCUACGGUGGCGAAGGUUUCGACUCUUCAGCUAUCGCCAUGGCUUUGCCCAACGAGCCCUACCCAGCUUGGACUGCGGAUAAUCAAUCUCCAGCCACAAUCGAGCAGAUCGAGGAUGCUUUCAUCGACCUUGCUAACAGGUUUGGUUUCCAGAGAGAUUCCAUGAGAAACAUGUUCGAUCAUUUCAUGACUCUUCUCGACUCCAAAGCUUCCAGAAUGUCCCCACAGCAAGCUCUUCUAUCCUUGCACGCGGACUACAUUGGUGGCGAUACCGCAAAUUACAAAAAAUGGUAUUUCGCUGCCCAGCUGGAUAUGGACGAUGAAGUUGGGUUCCGUAACAUGAGCUUGGGUAAACUGUCUAGAAAGGCAAGAAAAGCCAAGAAGAAGAACAAGAAGGCCAUGAAGGAGGCGCAGAACGAAGAGAAUGGCGACACCGAAGCCAUGCUAAACCAACUUGAAGGCGACAAUUCUCUGGAAGCCGCCGACUUCAGAUGGAAGGCAAAGAUGAACAAACUUUCUCCAUUGGAAAUGGUUCGUCACGUCGCUUUGUACCUCAUGAUCUGGGGUGAAGCCAAUCAAGUGAGAUUCACAUCCGAAUGUUUGUGUUUCCUAUACAAGUGUGCCUCUGAUUACUUGGAUUCCCCUCUGUGUCAGCAACGUACCGAACCAAUGCCAGAAGGAGACUAUUUGAACAGAGUCAUUACUCCGCUUUACCAUUACAUCAGAUCUCAAGUUUACGAGGUUGUAGAUGGUCGUUUUGUUAAGCGUGAAAGAGAUCACAACAAGGUCAUUGGUUACGACGAUGUCAAUCAGCUCUUCUGGUAUCCAGAAGGUAUCGCCAAAAUAGUGUUCGAAGAUGGCACUAGACUCAUCGAUUUGCCAGCCGAAGAACGUUACUUGAGACUUGGCGAAGUCAGCUGGAAUGACGUCUUUUUCAAGACAUACAAAGAGACUCGUUCUUGGUUCCAUAUGAUUACCAACUUUAACCGUAUUUGGGUUAUUCAUGGUUCCAUUUACUGGAUGUAUGCUGCUUACAACGCGCCCACAUUAUACACUAAGAACUAUCAGCAGCUUCUGGAUAACCAGCCCAUGGCGGCUUACAGAUGGAGUGCACCUGCCUUGGCUGGUACUUUGGCUUGUAUUAUUCAACUUGUCGCCACUAUCUCCGAAUGGUUUUUUGUUCCCCGUAAAUGGGCUGGUGCUCAGCACUUAUCCCGCAGAUUUUGGUUUUUGGUUUUGAUCACUGCCGUCAAUCUGGGUCCUAUUAUCUUUGUUUUCGCCUAUGACAGUCUGGAUGUCAAGUCUAAAGCUUCGCAUGCCGUUGGUGCUGUGAUGUUUUUCGUUGCACUUAUUACGAUUAUCUUCUUUUCCGUCAUGCCAUUGGGAGGUUUGUUCACUUCUUACAUGAAGAAGUCGACUAGACGCUACGUUGCCUCGCAGACUUUCACCGCUUCCUUUGCUCCUUUGAGUGGCCUAGACAUGUGGAUGUCUUACCUACUUUGGGUCACUGUUUUCGCUGCUAAAUUCUCAGAAUCCUACUUCUUUUUGAUCAAAUCAUUGAGAGACCCUAUUAGAGUACUGACAACCACUUCUAUGAGAUGUAAGGGUGAAUACUGGUUUCACGCGAAACUUUGUACUGUUCAACCCAAGAUUGUCCUCGGUCUAAUGAUCGCCACAGAUUUCAUUCUGUUUUUCUUGGAUACAUUUAUGUGGUACGUUCUUUGUAACAUGGUUUACUCCAUCGGAAGAUCGUUCUAUCUAGGUAUCUCGAUUCUGACACCAUGGAGAAACAUUUUCACGAGAUUGCCAAAAAGAAUAUACUCCAAAAUUCUGGCUACUACUGACAUGGAAAUCAAGUAUAAGCCCAAGGUUUUGAUUUCCCAAAUCUGGAAUGCAAUCGUUAUUUCGAUGUACAGGGAACAUUUGCUUGCUAUCGACCACGUCCAAAAACUUUUGUAUCAUCAGGUUCCCUCCGAGAUUGAAGGUAAGAGAACUUUGAGAGCUCCAACCUUUUUCGUGUCCCAGGAUGAUAACAACUUCGAGACGGAGUUCUUUCCAAAAGAUUCCGAGGCCGAACGUCGUAUCUCUUUUUUUGCUCAGUCGCUUGCAACACCAAUUCCAGAGCCACUUCCUGUCGAUAACAUGCCAACCUUUACUGUCUUGACUCCUCACUACUCAGAGAGAAUCCUAUUAUCCUUGAGAGAGAUUAUUCGUGAGGAUGAUCAGUUUUCUAGGGUGACUUUGUUGGAAUACUUGAAACAAUUACAUCCUGUCGAAUGGGAUUGUUUUGUUAAAGACACUAAGAUUUUGGCAGAAGAAACAGCUGCAUACGAGGGAACCACUGAAGACUUGGAAAAAGAUGGCGAAGUCGGAAUCAAAUCUCAAAUCGAUGAUUUGCCAUUUUACUGUAUUGGUUUCAAAUCUGCUGCCCCUGAAUACACCUUGCGUACCAGAAUUUGGGCUUCGUUGAGGUCACAAACGUUGUACCGCACUGUAUCCGGUUUCAUGAACUACGCUAGAGCUAUCAAGCUUCUUUACCGAGUUGAAAAUCCUGAAAUUGUUCAGAUGUUUGGUGGCAAUGCGGAGGGCUUAGAAAGGGAACUUGAGAAGAUGGCCCGGAGAAAGUUUAAAUUUUUGGUGUCUAUGCAAAGACUUGCAAAAUUUAAGCCACAUGAGAUGGAAAACGCUGAAUUCUUGCUGAGAGCCUACCCUGAUCUACAAAUUGCAUACUUGGACGAAGAACCACCUUUGAACGAAGGCGAAGAGCCCAGGAUCUACUCUGCUUUGAUUGACGGUCACUGUGAAUUGUUAGCGAACGGUCGCAGACGUCCUAAAUUCAGAAUUCAACUAUCCGGUAACCCGAUUUUGGGUGACGGUAAAUCCGAUAACCAGAACCAUGCUAUGAUUUUCUACAGAGGUGAGUACUUGCAGUUGAUUGACGCUAACCAAGACAAUUACUUGGAAGAAUGUCUGAAGAUUAGAUCUGUGCUGGCUGAGUUUGAAGAGUUGAAUGUUGAACAGAUUAACCCAUAUGCUCCCGGUUUGAAGUACGAGGAUCAAUCCACGAAUCACCCUGUUGCCAUUGUUGGUGCCAGAGAAUAUAUUUUCUCUGAAAAUUCGGGUGUGUUGGGUGAUGUCGCUGCUGGUAAGGAACAGACUUUUGGUACUCUAUUCGCACGUACUCUUGCUCAAAUUGGUGGUAAGCUCCACUAUGGUCACCCAGAUUUUAUUAACGCAACGUACAUGAACACAAGAGGUGGUGUCUCGAAGGCUCAAAAGGGUUUGCACUUGAAUGAAGAUAUUUACGCUGGUAUGACCGCUAUCUUACGUGGUGGUCGUAUCAAGCACUGUGAAUACUACCAGUGUGGUAAAGGUAGAGAUUUGGGUUUUGGUACAAUUUUGAAUUUCACCACUAAAAUUGGUGCUGGUAUGGGUGAACAGAUGCUGUCUCGUGAAUACUACUACCUUGGUACACAGUUGCCUCUCGACAGGUUCUUGUCAUUCUACUAUGCGCAUCCUGGUUUCCAUUUGAACAAUUUGUUUAUCCAGAUUUCGGUUCAGCUCUUCAUGUUGACUAUGGUGAACCUGAAUGCAUUGGCGCAUGAGUCUAUCAUGUGUGAAUACAACAGGUACAAGCCUAUCACCGAUGUCCUACACCCUAUCGGAUGUUACAACUUUGCACCUGUAAUUGACUGGAUUAGACGUUACACUCUGUCCAUUUUCAUUGUCUUCUUCAUCUCUUUUAUUCCUAUUGUGGUUCAAGAGCUCAUUGAACGUGGUAUCUGGAAAGCUACUCAAAGAUUCUUCAGACACAUUAUUUCGCUCUCUCCUAUGUUCGAAGUUUUCGCAGGUCAAAUCUAUUCCUCGUCUUUGUUGAGCGAUUUAACUGUUGGUGGUGCCAGAUAUAUCUCCACCGGUCGUGGGUUUGCUACAUCACGUAUUCCAUUUUCGAUCUUGUACUCCAGGUUUGCUGGAUCUGCAAUCUACAUGGGUGGAAGAUGUAUGUUGGCAUUACUUGCAGGCUCCGUUAUUCACUGGCAAGCUCCUCUUCUAUGGUUUUGGGCCUCUUUGACCGCUUUGAUCUUCUCGCCAUUCAUCUUCAACCCUCACCAAUUCUCUUGGCAAGAUUUCUUCUUGGAUUACCGUGAUUUCAUCAGAUGGUUGUCAAGAGGUAACAACAAAUACCACAGAAACUCUUGGAUUGGAUAUGUCAGAAUGUCAAGAUCGAGAAUUACAGGUUUCAAGCGUAAGCUUACCGGUGAUGAAUCUGAAAAAGCAGCUGGUGAUGCCCCCAAAGCUCACAAAUCCAACAUGCUUUUGCCAGACAUUAUUCCAUGUGCCAUCUACGCUGCCGGUUGUUUCGUUGCUUUCACUUUCAUCAAUGCACAGACUGGUGUGAAGGACGCCGAAUAUGUCAACUCCACUUUGCGUAUUGUUAUCUGUACAUUAGCGCCGAUUGCUGUCAACAUGGGUGUUCUGUUCUUCUGUGUCUGUCUAUCCUGUUGCUCGGGCCCUCUAUUUGGUCUAUGUUGCAAAAAGACUGGUUCCUCUAUGGCCGGAUUCGCUCACGCUGUGGCGGUUAUCGUGCACAUUGUUUUCUUCAUCGUUAUGUGGGUGCUAGAGAACUUCAAUUUCGGUCGCAUGUUGGUUGGUGUCUUGACAUGUCUCUACAUUCAAAGGUUGAUUUUCAAGAUCAUCACUGUGUUCAUGUUGACUCGUGAAUUCAAGAACGAUCAUGCCAACACGGCUUUCUGGACUGGUAAGUGGUACGGAACCGGUUACGGCUACAUGGCUUGGACUCAACCUGCCAGAGAAUUUUUGGCUAAGGUUGUUGAGCUGUCGCACUUUGCUGGUGACUUCGUGCUAGGCCACUUUAUCCUGUUCUGCCAGUUGCCAAUAUUGUUGAUCCCAUACAUUGACAAGUUCCACUCUAUCAUGUUGUUCUGGCUAAAGCCUUCUCGUCAAAUCCGUCCCCCAAUCUACUCCCUCAAGCAAAGUCGUUUGCGUAAGCGGAUGGUUAAGAAGUACUGCUCGUUGUACUUUUUAAUUCUCGUGCUGUUUGCUGCCUGUAUCAUCGGCCCUGCAGUUGCGUCCGGCCAAGUCAAGAAGACUGACAUCAGUGGCAAACUGAAUGACAACAUUUCAGGACAGCCGAUGUUGCAAAACCUGGUGCAGCCUAAGAACAAAGGUCACGAUGAUUCUGGUUCCAGUCUCCAGUCUGGAAGCCACUUCUAUUACACCAUUCCAUCUUCUUUGGCAACCACCUCAUACUCCACCAAGGCUUGA